AAGUUCCAGUGACGCCAUCUUGAAAUUGUCCCGACCAGUGGAGGAGACGGACUUGGAAAAUCCUGCUUGUCCAGAACGCGGUACCAGUACGGCGCUCAAAUGAAUUGUUUCAGUUAUUAAGGAGCGUUUUGACUUGAUAACUCGAGUCACCGUGACCAGUCGCGGUUGUUUGAGUCACUUUGGAGCGGACUAUCUCACCGUCGGGAGCCGCGCUGCCGUCCUAGCUGGAGCGGACUGAGCUGUGUGGUUGUGGCCGGCCAGCCCCGCCGGACCGAGCGGACGUUUCCACACGGAAUACCACGACAACAAACGCUUUAAACCUCCGCGUUCCUCGCUCAGAAGGUGUGGAUGUGUAUCUCUGAGACAUUUUGACGUUUUAACAGCAAUGCUAAUGAGCUCACCGAGGAGAAGUUUGAUUAGAGAGCGGAGUGCGCUUGAUUUCAAGUCCGAUGGAUGUUAGCCCUGCUCGGCUGUGGCUCGGCUUUCUGCGCCGCUGUUCUGAAAAUAACUUAUCAGGCUCAAGUGAUCUGUUCAUAACAAUGCUGCAGAGCUUGCAAGUACACGGCUGCCCUGGUGCCAACAAGUCGCCCUCCAUUGCUUGUGUGUAAACCUGGAAAUCUCCUCUUCAUCCUGGUCCUUUUUUUUUGACUCCUAAGGCUUACAUUACCUGGAAUAUUUUGGAUUUGGACUUUUAAUGAUGCUUCUUUUCCAGAGACGGUGCUCCUUGAAGCAGCAAGACAUUUAAUGUAAUCCAACUAUUGUCUUUUUUGAGGUUUGUUUUGUUUGGAGUGCUUUUAAAUCACCUUAACAGCGAGAGGAUCAGAUUCGGAUGGAAAAUGGGAGACGCUACAAAACUGGCCAUCGCCGUUUUCCUCAUCUCCUGCUCUUCAGGUGCCAUCUUGGGACGCUCGGAGACGCAGGAGUGCGUCUUCUACAACUCCAGCUGGGAGAAGGACUGGACCAACCGCAGCGGCAUCGAGCACUGCCACGACGAGAAAAACAAGCGGCUGCACUGCUUCGCCUCGUGGAAGAACGUAUCCGGCACCAUCGAGAUCGUCAGACAGGGCUGCUGGCUGGAUGACGUCAACUGCUACGACAGUAAUGAGUGUGUGGAGAGGAAGGAGAGUCCCAACGUUUUCUUCUGCUGCUGUGAAGGCAACAUGUGCAACGAGAAGUUCCUGUACACCCCCGAAACGCCCUUGCAGGUCGGCACGCACCAUUCAACCGCCUACACCACCACCAACCCAGUUUCCCAGAAGCCCCACAUCUUCAGCACCCUACUUUACUCGCUGGUUCCCAUCAUCGGCCUGGCCGCCGUGGUCCUCUUCUCCUUCUGGAUGUGGAAGUUCCACAAGCUGGCCUACCCAGCUGCCCUUGUCCCCACACAUCACGCCUUUCAUAUAAUGGUGGAGGAUCCCGGACCCUCGCCUCCAUCCCCCGUUCUGGGUCAAAAACCGCUGCAGCUCAUUGAGUUGAAAGCCAGGGGGCGCUUUGGCUGCGUGUGGAAAGCCCAGCUGCUGAACGAAUACGUGGCCGUGAAGAUCUUCCCAAUUCAGGACAAGCUUUCCUGGCAGAACGAGUAUGAGAUCUACAGCGUGAGCGGCAUGAGGCACGACAACAUCCUCCAGUUUAUUGGCGUGGAGAAGAGGAACAACAACCUGGACCUGGAGCUGUGGCUCAUCACCGCCUACCACGACAAGGGCUCGCUGACAGACUACCUGAAGGCCAACGUUGUGUCCUGGAACGAGCUCUGCCACAUCACUCAGACGGCGGCGCGCGGACUGGCCUACCUGCACGAGGACAUCCCGGGUCACAAAGACGGCCACAAGCCCUCCGUCGCUCACAGGGACAUCAAGAGUAAAAAUGUGCUGCUGAAGAACAACCUGACAGCCUGCAUUGCUGAUUUUGGCCUUGCACUUAAGUUUGAGGCGGGAAAAUCAGCAGGAGACACGCACGGACAGGUGGGAACGCGACGCUACAUGGCCCCAGAAGUCCUGGAGGGUGCCAUCAACUUCCAGCGGGACUCCUUCCUGCGUAUAGACAUGUACGCCUUCGGCCUGGUUCUCUGGGAGCUCGCGUCACGGUGCACCGCCGCCGACGGCCCUGUCGACGAGUACAUGCUCCCCUUUGAGGAGGAGGUGGGUCAGCACCCAUCUCUGGAGGACAUGCAGGAAGUGGUCGUCCAUAAGAAGCUGCGGCCCUGCCUCCGGGACUGCUGGCAGAAGCACACGGGUCUGGCCAUGCUCUGCGAGACCAUCGAGGACUGCUGGGACCACGAGGCCGAAGCCCGCCUGUCCGCCGGCUGCGUCGAGGAGCGCAUUGGCCAAAUGCAGCGCCAGGCUCCCGUCAUCGGCCCCGAGGAGAUCGUCACUGUCGUCACCAUGGUGACAAACGUUGACCUCCCCCCCAAGGAAUCCAGCUUAUGAUCAGCCAAUCGCCCGACACCCGGACGAGCUACUGGAAAUCAGCAGGAGAGGAUAGAAGACCGGCCUCGGCUGGCCUGCUCAGCGUUUUUACGUUUUCCUUUGACGUUUCAUCUUUUCUUCUUCUCGGUUCCUUCGAGUGCGGGCCGCCGCACGCAUUCAGGAAGCAGCCUGCGCCCGCCUCACCCACGGCAGGCCGGAUCCACCUCAUUUGGGCGCGCGCGCCUGAGUACUUCUCUCAAGCGGACGAUUCAGGAUACGCCAUCGCGUUGUGGCUCGACGACAAACGAUCUGAUCACGUGUUGUUUUUAUACUCUCACUCUGCUCGGAUUUCUUUUAGAGGAUCUAGUGGAGAAAUUUCACCAAACUUUCAGCAAAUUUUAUUGUUCAAAACCAGAAAACGGAGAAAUAAACUCAAGGACCUGUCUCCGGAGACAUCUGCUGUUCUCUCCUGUGCGUUCUUCUAAAGAAACGACGAUCGUUCUGCCAAUAAGCAACGGCUUCUGAAUGUUUAUAGUGUAAUGCUGCUGUACAUAGUGUAUCAUGGACCCAGACGACUUGGCAAUCAGCGUAUUUUAAAGUGGGGGAGGGGAGGGGGUUCGUUCUCAAGCAUUACGACGGUAGAAACCAUAAACCUCCUUCAACCAGGUAUACCUCAGUUCAGGUGGACUAGUCCCUCUCACAGUCUGCUCUUCACCAGGCGAACCUGCUGUCAGACGCAACACAAGCUCCUCCCCUUUUUGUCUUUUCUCCACUUUGAUUUAAACUGUUUGCAGUUUGAUGAAGUUGUUCCGUUUGUUUUUUUCCCGUUUGAGUUUGCGGAGUGAGAACUGAAAGCACCCUCUGGAGGUGAUUUGAAUGUUUGCUCUCAGACCCGUCGAAGCGUGACGUUGGCGCCCCGUGACCUCCGCAGGGAAGCGGGGCGGAGAAGUGGCCCCAGUGUUUGGUUCAUCCUUUGGAGGAUGCGCCGCGGAGUUCCCAGCCCUUUUUAGCUGAGCCAGCGUGUUUUUGAUUUGAUUGCACACAUCUUUCAUUUGUAAUGUUUUAGUACUAUCAAGAGUUUCUGCUCUCUUUUUGAUACACCUCAGGAAUCUUUGCUACUCACCUCCUCCUCUGGACCCCCCCCCCCCCCCCCCCCCCCUUCUCUGACUUCAUUUCCUGUUUUGGAAGCCUCUCUAAGGCUCGGACAUUAAAACUAGAGUUCAUCUUCUCUAACUUUGAGCUUCAGACCUUUUAUGAGUUUAGUCCAUGUUUUUUUUUUAUUAUUAUUAAACAACAAUAUGGACUUCUGAGGACCUUUCUACCCCUUGAAACUCAAAGGAUAAUCAGCGUGUUGUAUUACUUCAGCCACACACACAAAAAAUAUAUAUAUUUGAAGAGAAGCCUAGUUCCUCACGCUGACACAAACCAAACACGGUGGUUAGACGAGCCGAGACGAGGAAUCUUGUUAUCCCUCUCAUCCUGGUGCCAUUUCUACCCGUUCAUGUGUUACUCUUGUAGAUGUCAGGCCAAACGGAUGUAUCUGUCACCGCUGUGGCGUUUUUUUGAUGUUUCCUCUGAAGGGCGGUGAACACCGGCGCCGGCAGACCUGCAGUCUCUCUCCUCAAGCUUCGGGGCAGUUUCUCAGGUCGCGGUUUAAAAGAAACAGGACACGAGGAAACUUCUCCUUCAGGACACGCUUUCCUUGCUUGGCAUUUUCAUAAAACACCGUACUGUAACACAAGGCUCGAAUCAAACAUAAUUUAGUCCAUUUGUGGUAUUUUUAAGUUAUUUGGGUGAAUUUAGAAAGUCCAGAAUCCUCCGAGUGAGCGUCAAAUCUUGUUUCUGCACAAGUUUUUAUUUGCAACACAUCAAAUUGAAGGAAGUCAAAGCCAUCACCUUCUUUACGAACCGUAGCACGAGAACAACACCCGUUGCUUCCUUUUGCUGCUGCCGCUGUUAAAAACACAGCAUUCUUUAACCCCGGCUUUCCACCGGAGCCGUCAGCAGCACGUCAUAGCUGCUGAUAGGAACCGCUGUGGUCAACAGAGCCUUUUCCACCGGCGCCGUCGGCAGCGCGAGUCGGCCGCGUCUCAGGAGCAGCAUGUCGCUAGCCUGGCAAGCCAGACUAAAUAAAUGUAUUAUUUAGUCUGGCCACGCUCCAUUGACGGCUCUCGCUUGUGGGGCGGGUUCUACCGUUGUCUUUCAAAUGAUCUCCGCAUUCCACUGGACAAAGAAUGUGACAUACUCUUGUUUCACUCUGUUGCAUCAUCCCACCCACCAGGCAUAUAGAGUGCCCUGAUUGGCCCACAAAGCGGAUAAAGCUCUGUGAUUUGUUCACUAAGCAGAUAGUGCACUAUGACUGGCCCACCAUUAUGGACCAAUCACAGCUCUUUAUGUGUUUGAAACCCCUCUAGAGAGCUGUGGUUGGCUAGCCAGAGUCCUGGUAGGAGCUGCGGAGGUUCCAAUGGAGCAUGCCUAGACCAAACUUUGCAAAGCAAGAAUCUGGUCUAGUUCACUAGGCUAGCAUGUCGCGGCCCUCACGCGCCGGCUCUAUUUCCUACGCGCGACGCCUCUGAAACGGGUCAAGGUCGACAUUUUUGGGGAAGGAAAGACAGGAAAUUGGACGCGGAAACGGAGCGAAGCUCCCGAGAUUUUCAGAAUAAAGAAACUUGCCGCCUUCCGGUUGCUUUACUUAAAAAAAGUUACUAAAUGUGCGGCCCCGUGAGAAGUAAUCACCUAGCUAGCGGUCUCCUUUGUUUUUCAGGUCCGUAUUGGCGAUUAUAAAACGGACAGAACAUAAAACAAACCUUUUGGAGCCAUGUUGUAAUUUUCUCCUGCUUGUUGUGUUUACUGACUCGAUCGGUGACAGCUGCUCCCCUGCUGCUUCGCAUCUCGUGGGAAGGGCCAAGCAGCAGCUCACGUAAGCAAGACGUGCUGCUGCAGUAACGUGCUGCUGACGGCUCCGGUGGAAAUAAGGGGUUAGAGCUCGAACCGUCAGGAGCGAUGAGUGCAGCGCUGAUGAGGAACAAGAAAAAUCACACAAAACCACGACAACAACCCAGCAGCCCUUCGUUAAGUACUACCUCACUGGCAGGGACUUCUUUGGGGUAGAGAGCGUGGCAAGUAAACCAAAAUCAGAGGCGGGAGUUCUUCCAGACGCUAAAGGAAAGUUUCCUCGUUAAAGACGGAGGUUUUUGUGUCCUCGGAUGCAAAAACCUGGUGAGGAUUGUUGGUUAAUAUCAGUUUAAACUGCUCCUGAGAAACCACCCCUAACCGAAAAACACCAUUCAGGGAUUCAGUACUAUGCUUUUCUAAGUUCUAGCAAGUUAUAUGCAACCAGUGCCGCAAUCUACCCUACACUUCUGUAGGAUCUGCUGCAGGAGUGGCUUUCAAUACACACACACACACACACACACACGCAUAAAUAGCUUGUAGCAUUUGAACUUGUUUUCUUUUUUUUUUUAAUUGUUGUUAUUUUCAAAUCUAUGACCUUGCAUAUUGAUGUCGUAUUUAUUUGAUGAUUUUCCUGGCCUGAGGUUUCGGGGAUCAGAGCUCAGGUGCAACUCAAGAUUUAAAAUCUAAGAAGAAAAAAAAAGACAAAUUUGUGAGAGUUGGAAUGACGUACGGUUGUUGUUGGGGUUUGGUGGGAGGGUGGGUUUUAAUUCAGGAAAUAUUUUCAUAAAUUCAAAAUGAAAUGAUAUCAACUGUAACGUGCUUCUUUCUAUUCAGUUUAUGGACAAACGACCGAGAAUGAAUGUUCUACAGACUUCUGGAUUCCAUAUAUAUAAAUAUAUAUAUAUAUAAGUAUAGUGUGUGUACUUCAAUUGAUUGAGCCCGGCCCCGUGUAACUUUAGAGGGCUUCAGCUGGUGUCGUGUGAUUGUGCUCCGUCCCGCAGAAAACGGUAAAGGCUCAAACAUUUAAGCACCUUUUAGAGAGCAAGAGCCAAAAAAAAAAGCUGCUGGAUGUUUUUCUGAAAACUCAAUUCAUAAAAAAAAUAAACAUCUCAAUUCAAAUUCCCAUUAUCUGCCUUCAUAGAAACAGUUGUGGACAAAAUUGUUUCCCAUUUUGCCAAAUGCCUCCUCCUCUCCCCUCAGACCCUCUGGAUUGUGUCGCUUAAAGGUGCUUAAGUGGGCUUUUACGGUUUUCUACUGAGACUUCCUCCAGCCCAGCACCUCACGUUGCUGUGCAUAUAAACUACCAGUGAAAGAUUCGUCUUGUUGCCCCGUACUAUUUUAAGCAGUCUAGGAUUUGUACAGACAUAAAUACCUGUAUCAACUAUAUACUCUGAACUGAAUCUUUAUAAGUGCGUGUUAAACUUCAGUGUUUCCUCUUCAUUCAUCUUGUAUGUAAAAUAAAUGCCCCUUGCUGUGCAAAAAUUUGCCUAAAUUUAAUGUUUUUGUGAGCUAAAAGCUUAUAAAAAAAGUUAUUUGUAAAACAUGAACAUUUUAGCCUGAGGGGUUCCUCAGGGAGCCUGUUUGGUUACCCUCAUGGUUGUAUUUCAAUUCAAUUCAAAAAUACUUUAUUAAUCCCAGAGGGAAAUGAAUUAACACUAUUUGCAACACUAUUUGAUCAUAUAAACAUUCUCUACAGAUGUCUCAUUCCAGGAAGUCUCCUCCUUUUCUUAACUCUUUGUUAGAAUAAUAGAGGAAACAUUGAACUGCAGUGAUCUACAUGACACUAAAAGUGUAUUUGACCCCACAUUCAGCAAGGUCCUCGAGUGGCAGCACCAAUCUGGGAUCUGUAUUUCCGUCUAUAAUGAUAAUGAUGCUUUCAGGGUUUUUCAAUGCUGAAAAAAUUCACUUUUUGGUUUUCCAAUUAAAACAACACAAAAUGUCAUUACUCCUGAGACAUGACGGUAAACUUCUCCCUUCUGGGGAGUAAAGUGUAAAUGACCCCAAAGGUCUCAUGUGGAACUGGAAGAAAUUUUUUUUACUGAGUUCUCUCAAGCAGAUUACGUGUUUACCAGCUGCUAAAAAAUUAAGUAUUACAGCAGAGUAGAAACUCGAAACAUUAUCAGAACAGACAACUGAUCCCUGACCAGCGCUGUGGCUCAGCUACUCAUGGUUUUUCUCAGCUGAAGUGAUCCACGUGAUGUAAAUAAAUGUUUUUAGAUUGUGAA